CAUCAUCUUACACCGUGAUUCAUGAUCCAUGAGUCUGCGACAUCCCGCGAGUCAUUCGUUUCGGAACGCUUGUUUAUCCUCGAGAUCGCUUUAGAUCGUUUGGGAUACAUCGAAAUCCAUUGAGAUAUAUUUCUUACGGACGCGCGUGAGAGGAGGAGCGCGGGUGGCGCAUUCGCGUUCGCGUUGUUCGCUGAUCCUCGCGUCGUCUUGCCGAUUAUCGCCGACUCGUUCACGCAUCGUGUUCUGAAAUCUGAACUUGGCAGACUCGCAGCGUAAUCGCAGCGGUGUCAGUUGCUUCGAGGAGAAGCAUCUUCGCGAGCGUCGCGCGACGCAACCUCUCUACUGAGGCGUUCUCAUCCCGCCAGCUUGUCGCGAGACACGCUCAAAGAGAGAAGUAGCGAGUGAGAGCCUAAUUUGAUCGAUCCAUCGUGACCAUUAGCGCGUCUCACUCUGUAGUAGCUUUCUUUAGCCGACGAUGAGCGACAAUAAGCAGGUAGGUGAAACUCCCAGUAACGAGGUUGUUAACCGAUUUCGAAGCUGUAGGGACCUGAGCGACAUUGUACCGUUGUACGCACCACGCGCGCUUUACCUGAAACCGCUUGCCAAAGUUAACGUGUCGGUCACUCUGCCCCAACUGAAGACUCCAGGCAAAACAAUAUCAACAUGGGAGGUAAUGGAGAAGAUCCGCACGCUUAUACUGCCGGACGAAUUCGCGUCUCUGAAAGUGGCCAAGAGCACGCUGGAAUUCAUCCGGCUGGAGGGCGACCUGCGGGACCGGUGCAGGUUGCCGAGGGUGCUCGCCAGGUUGGACUCGCAACGUUUGAAUCUCGCUGGUUUUCCCAACGUCCUCAAGGUCCGCGCGGCCGAGGCGAAGGACGAUUUCCCGACAAGACACAGCUGGGAUUCAUACUUCAGGGAUGCGAAACACAUGAACGAACUGAAAGCUGGCGAAAGACCGGACACUAUCCACAUUACCGGUCUUCCGGUUGAAUGGUUCACCGAAGACGGUGCGAGCGUGCCGAGCGAGUCACUCAUCGUCAAGAUCUUCAAGAAGUGGGGUACGCUGAGGAGAGUCGACGUACCCGCGGCAGACACAUACAGGUCUAGAAUGCGACUCGGCAAUAAUAUACACAAAUUCAGCUACGAAGACGGCAUAUUUUUUUACGUUUACGUGCAAUAUGUCGAGUACAUGGACUUCGUCAGGGCGAUGGACGCCUUGCGCGGUAUGAAGUUGCUAAAGAAGGAUGGUCAGAAAGCGCUGACCACGCCAAUAAAGGUUGAUUUUGAUAAAACCAAGCACAUGAGCGACAACACAGUAUCGCAUCGAGACUUCGAAAGGAAACGCUUAAUAGCGCAGGACAAUUUAGCGGCAGAAAAACUGCGAAGGAAAGAGGAAGAAGAGAAGAAGCAGCGGGAGGAGAAAAAAAAAAGGGAAGAGGCAGAUUCGACAGCGAAGAAGAAUCGGCAGCAGAAACGGGAGGAGAAACGGAAACGUAAGGCUCUAACAAUGUUCCGCAAGCAGGAGGAAGACAAGGUAUCGAUGAAGAUCGCCAGAGAGGAACAAAAAUUGAUAAAAGCUCAACGACAGUUGGAAAGCAUACGAUUGAUGGACGAAUUGUUUGACAGGAUAAAGAUGAAAGUGGAGAGGAAAGAGAUUAAGUUGGAUCACAGCGUAAGCGCGGAGGCGAAGAAGGACGAGAAGAACGAAACUGUCAAUAACAAACUAGACACGGAGCAAGAUAAGAAAACUAAGCAGGAGAAACAGCUCAAGAAAAAGAAGAAAGAGAAAAAGAAGAAGAAAAAACGAAAGAAGAAGCUGAAGAAGGGUGAUGAGUCCGGGUCGGACAGCACGACUGACGAAGACUCGGACAAGGAGACGGCAAAAAAGAAGCUCAAGAGCGUCCUGAUAAAGAACGACCACACGUCUUCGUCUGCAGGUGCCGUCGUCCCAGCCGCGAAUCUUCCUUAUGACUAUUCUGACUCGAUAUCACUAUCAAGGAUACCGAUAUUGCCGCCGAUCGCACAUAAUCCGUUCCACCAUCCGCCGAGGAUGCCGCGGUAUCCGGGAGGGCGCAUGCUAAGAUCACCAAUGUCGGCAUACUCGAUCCAUCAUUCCAUGCUACCCAUGGGCCGCGGUUACAUUCCUCGAUGCGACAUGAACUCGUACGUAUUGUCCAAUCCGUAUCUGUACAACGGUCAAUACUACGAGUACUUCACGCAUUUGGUGAAUCGGGACUCGGCCAAGGGGCGUAAUCGUCGAAAAUCGACGAGCAGAUCCGCGAGCUGGGCGCGGACUAGAUCAGGCUCUAAGCCCAAGUCCGGCAGCGCGUCCAGAUCGCGCAGCAGGAGAUGCAGCGGCUCGCGCUCGAGGAGCCGCGGCAGAGUGUCUAGGUCGAGAUCAGGAUCGCGUUCCUCCAGAUCACGUUCGAGACGGAAGUCACGAUCGAGGAGCCGUUCGAAGUCACGUGAUCGUCGGAAGAGCAGGUCUGUCUCGAGAAAGCGGUCGAGAUCGAGCUCCAGGACGAAGCGCAAGAGCGGCACAAGGUCGCGCAGCAAAAAACGCAGCGGCACGCGCAGCAGGAGUCGCGGCAAUAGGUCGAGGUCGAAAUCAAGGUCGCGUCGCUCCAAGUCCAAGCGGAAAUCGCGGUCCAGGAGCCGCUCCAGGUCUCGCGGUAGCUCCAGAAACCGUUAUAGAAGAAGGCGCGGAAGAUCCAACUCUGUCAGGGUCACGCGAGCGAAGUCGCGUACCAUGUCGCCCAGGCGGAGAUCACGUAGCAGUUCUUGGUCUAUGCCGAAGUCGCCAGGUCGGAGGAGCUGUUCCUGGUCGCGAAACGCCCCCGAGUCCAAUAGCGAAAACGUGAACAAGACAUCGAGCGAGGUAACUCAAGAACAAUCGGCGGAAACGACGGAAACGCAGAAAGAAGCGAACUGUGUAUUAUAAUUCUUCUUUCAUCGAAGAGAAAAUUGUUUUCCAAAAAUACUGCUUUUCUGAUGAUGUUAUUGAUGUGUUUAUCAUUGUAUACUACAAAGAAAUAUCAGGAAAUGCUUCUUGUAGAUCUUUGUAUGAUCUUUCUUCCUGUAUAUAACUUGUAAAUAAUUGUAUCGUUAUUACUCUCUUUGCAUUUGAUUGCCUAUAGGUUUUUACGUUUAAGCUGGAGAAUGUGGGUUUGCCUGUACAUGUUUAUUUAUAUGAUAAAAUCUGUUUGAAGUAUUGCGUUGAAGAUGUAAAACGCAGAUGUUUUGCAUUGAAACAAUUUUUAGUUAAUACUGACGUCAAAAGUAUAUGGAAAAUAUUUCUUUAGAAAAAUACUCAGUUUUUGUCAUCAAAUCGCAAGAGUUUGUGAAGUAUCUUGUUUGAUGAAUUAAAAAAAAUUAAUAAUUAAUGUUUUACACAUAUACGAAGGCCAAUUGUUUAAUAUUAAACAAUUCAUGAUGCGAACGUGCUACUGUAUUUUUUCAAACUUUUACUUGACUUUGUUUUUUUUUCUAUGUAUCCUGCUUUCUCCAUUAAAAGUUUUUUCCACUA